AAGUUUUAAAAAAGGACAGGGAAACAGAGAAAGGAGGGGUAAAAAUUGAGAGAAAUAGAACAGUGUUAUGAUUACGAUGUGAAAAACAAGCCAAAGUCUGAUAUUCUGUAUGGUAUUAAGGAGUCACUCUUCUUUUAAAGUUUCAGUUUUUUUCCUUUUUCAACAGCCACCAUUUUCACCCACUUCACAAUCAAUCCCUCUCUGUUCUCUGUUUCUCUCCUCCAUUUUCCCCCUUAAAAACAAAACAAAGAAAACCCAACAUCAUAUGCUAAAGAUCACUUCCCAGACAGCCAACGGAAACAGCUGCUUUUGAUAUUUUUUGGGAACAUGUUUCAGAGGUUUCGUCAUACAAAGAUCCUCCUCCAUUUCUAAAGAGUACCCAAAGUUCAGAUUUUGGAUGGCUUUUUUGAGGUCUCGCUGUUGAUCUUUGUGUUCUCGAAGUUUCCCCAAGGAGUGAAACGAAGCGACGAUGGCGGUGAGCUCAGCCUGCAAAGAUGGGAUCAAGAUAGCAAUGGACAACGGGAAGUAUGUGCGGUACACGCCCGAGCAAGUCGAAGCAUUGGAACGGCUCUACCAUGAGUGCCCCAAGCCAAGCUCUAUGCGUCGCCAACAGCUGAUUCGUGAGUGCCCCAUCCUCUCCAACAUCGAGCCUAAACAGAUCAAAGUUUGGUUCCAGAAUCGCAGAUGCAGAGAGAAACAAAGGAAAGAGGCUUCACGCCUCCAAGCUGUGAACAGGAAGCUGACUGCUAUGAAUAAGUUGUUAAUGGAGGAGAAUGAUAGGCUACAAAAGCAAGUUUCACACCUUGUUUAUGAGAACGGCUAUUUUCGCCAACAAACUCAAAAUGAGACCCUAGCCACCACAGAUACAAGCAGUGACUCAGUGGUGAUAAGUGGUCAACACCAAAUUACUCCUCACCAUCGUCCAAGGGAUGCCAGUCCUGCAGGACUUUUGUCCAUUGCAGAGGAAACUUUAACGGAGUUUCUCUCAAAGGCAACUGGAACUGCUGUGGAGUGGGUCCAAAUGCCUGGGAUGAAGCCUGGUCCGGAUUCCAUUGGAAUCGUUGCUAUUUCUCAUGGUUGCACUGGAGUGGCAGCUCGUGCAUGCGGACUUGUGGGACUAGAUCCUACAAGAGUUGCUGAAAUCCUAAAAGAUCGGCCCUCAUGGUACCGUGAUUGCCGAACUGUGGAUGUUAUAAACGCGUUGUCCACUGCAAAUGGUGGAACCAUUGAACUGCUUUAUAUGCAGCUUUACGCACCUACAACAUUGGCGCCAGCUCGUGACUUCUGGUUGCUGCGCUACACAUCUGUUCUGGAGGAUGGUAGCCUUGUGGUAUGUGAAAGAUCACUUAACAACACUCAAAAUGGUCUGAGUAUGCCGCCGGCAGUAAAUUUUGUGAGAGCAGAAUUGCUACCUAGUGGUUACCUGAUUAGACCUUGUGAAGGGGGUGGAUCCAUCAUUCACAUAGUUGAUCACAUGGACUUGGAGCCGUUGAGUGUUCCUGAAGUGUUGCGGCCGCUUUACGAGUCCUCUACUUUACUCGCUCAGAAGACAACAAUGGCGGCUUUCCGUCAUCUGAGGCAGAUUUCUCAGGAAAUAUCUCAGCCGAAUGAUACAGGUUGGGGGAGAAGACCUGCAGCUCUACGUGCACUUGGUCAGAAAUUGAGCAAGGGAUUUAAUGAGGCUGUUAAUGGGUUUACCGAUGAAGGAUGGUCGAUGUUGGAAAGCGACGGUGUUGAUGAUGUUACCCUCCUUGUGAACUCAUCUCCUGGCAAGAUGAUGGAUGUGAACUUUUCUUAUAGUAGCGGAUCACCUUCUAUGGGCAAUGGGUUCUUUUGUGCCAAAGCAUCCAUGUUAUUACAGAAUGUACCUCCAGCAAUACUUCUCAGAUUCUUGCGAGAACAUCGAUCAGAAUGGGCAGACAGUGGUAUUGAUGCUUACUCUGCUGCUGCUGCUGUCAAAGCCGGACCGUGUAGCUUUUCUGUGCCUCGAGGAGGAAGUUUCGGGGGUCAAGUCAUUAUUCCAUUGGCUCACACGAUAGAGCAUGAAGAGUUCAUGGAAGUUGUUAAGCUUGAAAACAUGGGCCACUAUCAGGACAUGAUCAUGCCAAGUGAUAUUUUCUUCUUGCAGCUUUGUAGUGGAGUGGAUGAGAAUGCGGUCAGCUCUUGUGCUGAACUCAUCUUUGCUCCCAUUGAUGGCUCGUUCUCUGAGGAUGCUCCUAUUAUCGCUUCCGGUUUCCGCAUCAUUCCUCUUGAUUCCAGACUGGAUGCAUCCAGUCCAAAUCGUACACUCGAUCUUGCUUCUACUCUUGAAGUUGGGGCUGCCGGAAACCGAGCAACUGGUGAUAGUUCUAGUCGUUGCGGGAGCACGAAAUCUGUGCUGACAAUUGCAUUCCAGUUUGUGUACGAGAUCCACCUUCAAGAAAACGUGGCGAUCAUGGCUCGACAAUACGUCCGUAGUAUCAUUGCCUCGGUUCAAAGGGUGGCAUUAGCACUCUCUCCUUCCUUCUUAGGUUCUCAAUCUGGCUUAGGAUCUCAAUCUGGCUUAGGAUCACUCCCUGGUACUCCUGAAGCACAAACGAUCGCUCGCUGGAUUUGUCAAAGCUAUAGGUGCUAUAUGGGGUCAGAGCUGCUCAAACAUGAAGUAAGUGAAUCCAUUCUGAAAAUGCUUUGGCAUCACACGGAUGCAAUUCUGUGCUGCUCUUUGAAGGCACUACCGGUUUUCACAUUCGCAAAUCAAGCCGGACUAGACAUGCUCGAAACAACAUUGGUGUCACUCCAGGACAUCACUUUGGAGAAGAUCUUCGACGAGAACGGACGGAAAACCCUAUUCACGGAGUUUCCACGAGUAAUGCAACAGGGGUUUAUGUGCCUUGAAGGUGGUAUCUGCUCAUCGAGCAUGGCGAGGCCGGUAUCCUACGAGAGAGCCGUGGCUUGGAAAGUGUUGAAUGAUGAAGAAAACGCUCACUGUGUCUGCUUCAUGUUCAUCAACUGGUCUUUUGUAUGA